UCUUUAUUUAAUUCCAAUAAUUUAUUUGGUUCCCCUCCCUAAAGUUUCAAUUCCGUCUUCAUCAUUUAUUGCUAUUUGGGGGGAUUCCCCUGCUUCAGUUUCCCACCGGGUUCUCUGAUUUUCUGCACUCUUUCUCUGUUUCGCGGCGGGUGUUCUGUGGUGUGUGUGGGGGUGGGUGGGUGUUUUCUGCGUGGAGUGGAGCUUUGGAUCUCUUAAAUGUUUUGCUCAUUCCAUGCUCAGAUCUUAUUUGUGCUUCUCCAGAAAUUGAGGUUAGCAAACGAAGAAGAUCUCCAUUUCUCUCUCACUCUCUCACUCUUUCUCUGCAGCUUCUCUAUUUCUGCUUCCUUCCUCUUCCGUCUUUCGUUGUUCUUCUUUUGACCAUUUGGGUCAUUCUUCUACUCUAUGGCUGCGCCAGCUAGCUAGGGUUUCUGUUCUACUCGGAUCUGCUGAGAACUAACUGGUAAAAGGGAUAAACAUUUCUGAGCGAGUCCUCCAUUUCCCGUUUCUCCCCUCCCCUAAUUGGUUUCGGAAAGUUAAGGUCUAGAUUUUGGGGUAAUCUAUGAGCAGCAUCUGCACUUCAAUUCCUGUGAAUUGUGCUGGAAAAUUGGCUGCGAAGUGCAAACCUUCAUCUGGGUUAUGAUUAUUUGAGCUGAUUAUGUUGUUUCUCAUUUCCUUUUCUGUGGUUCACAGGUAUUCCAUUUUUGCCUUGCUAUCGUCCCAGACCUCCGUCCAACAUCUCUGAACAUUUUGCCAAGAGGGGGUCCAAUUGCGGCUUAAAAAGCUGCGGGCUUCACUAUAUUGGCAUCUUGGUCACUGAUUCAGGUACCUCCUUUUUUUUUUUUUUUUGUCCUUUCAGUCGUCCCUUUCGUUUUCGUUGGUGUUGUCGUACAAUGGCUUUUUUUCCUUGUCUGCAGUAGCUGGAUUUUGUGUUUAGAGUGUUUUUAAUGGUAAUUAAUUUCAAGUCCGACAUAGCGCGAAUUCUGUUUUGCCUCUUCUCAAUGACUUCGUAUUUAAUGUGUGUAUGGCUGCAAUAAAUGGUGCCCUGUUUUCCGUAUAUGGAGAUGGGGAUUCUGGUUGGUCAACAAAAGAUGUUGUGUGCAAUCGGUUUACCUCUCCCUUUUGGUUACUUCAUCAGCUCUCUUCCCUUUUGGAUGCUUAGGGGAUGUUGAAUGUUUGGAUUUUAGAGCUCCUUGUGUCUAAUUUUAUCAAUUUGAUAUCAUCCUUCUUCAGCUUUAUUAGGGUUUGGGACUUCAUUUUUUUUAUUAUUCUUCCUUCCAGGCUUUCCAUUUUUGCCGAUUCAUCAGCUAUUGGUGUGUUCAGGCAAAUAUAUCAGAGCAUUUUACAAUAAAAAACGUCGUGUUUUGGUCAAGCAAACCUGUUAGCAAUCUGUUUUGCCAUCUUGGUGCAUUUCAGGUAUGCCAAUGCGAUUCCCUUAGAGGAAUUUUUACCUGAGAAAAAUGAACUGGUAAUUAGUUUUGUCUCUUGUGACGGACUAAACCGUGAGAAGAAAAACAUCAAAUUAGUUAAGCUUGCAUCUGUAGUUUCUGUGACACAGAACGACAGUAUGCUGUCAUUUUUCAGCUCCAUCGGUUUGAUUAAUCGUGUGAAGUGGGCGGCUUAGGUUUAUUUAUUAGCGUUGCAACUUAUAAUUGUUGGGUUGUUCCUCUUUUCCUAGACUUUUCGGUUUGUAAAGUGAUCAUUUCGUUAGACGGAUGCACAUGAGUUACAAGUGAUGGUUUCACACCUGUUUGUUUUAUGAUCUUCGUAUAAUAGAAAUACACUGGCUUCUAUAGUUUUAAGGGUUUUCUAUUUUCCAUUUCCAUCUCCGGCUUAUAGUUCUUUUCUACAUAGUUGUUAAUUAUUAACAUUGCGACAAAUCACCAUAGGUUAACAUUUUUUAGAGAUUCUGGUUGGUCACUCGAUUGUGCAUUUUUUAGCUAUUAAUUAUCUGUUUCUGAAAAAUACAAUGUGAAUUUUGUGGUCUUGGCCGUCAUAUCCAUUGCUAGCAUACUCCUAUUUGUUUCUAUGUGCUUUGGCUUCCCUUUUCAUUUCUUUCCCAUAAACUAUGGAUACUUUUACGGGACUUCUAGUUUGCUGUAUUUCUCUAAAGAGUUUUUUGAAAGAGAUUGAACGUGUGUGAGAGAUUGAGUGCAAGUAUUGAAAGUUCAGGAGAAAAAGGCGGUGCCUUCACGUUUAUUUAGUGUUUUCCUUUUGCUUUUCACCCUUGAUUUCUGUCCUUUUUGAUUGAAUGAUUUUCAGCUGUAUGAUAUGGUGUUUGCCUUUACUAGAAGGAGAUGAGUCGUAUGACAAAUGAAGGCAAAGAUUCUGUUCUCCCCAAGGAUCAGAUAGAAUCUCCAUUGACCGAAGAAGGAAAUUCUGCUAGAAAUGUAAAUGGACAAACGAAUCUCAAGAAAGGUCCGUGGACAGCUGCUGAAGACGCAAUCUUGAUGGAGUAUGUGAAGAAGCACGGGGAAGGAAACUGGAAUGCUGUUCAGAAGCAUUCUGGUCUUUCUCGUUGUGGGAAAAGCUGUAGGUUGAGAUGGGCCAACCACCUCAGGCCAAACUUGAAGAAAGGAGCAUUUACCCAGGAAGAAGAGCAGAUAAUUAUCGAGCUUCAUUCCAAAAUGGGGAACAAGUGGGCUCGCAUGGCUGCUCAUUUGCCUGGACGUACGGACAAUGAAAUAAAGAAUUACUGGAACACCAGAAUCAAGAGACGUCAAAGGGCUGGUUUACCUCUUUACCCCCCUGAAGUCUCCUCUCAUGCUUAUCGGGAUGGUCACCGGAGCUUCAAAAUAGGUGGGGCGGAUUGCAGAUCUAAAGGGCAUCACGACCACCUCUUGCACAACUGCUAUGAGAUCCCUGAUGUCACAUUUGACAGAUUGAAACCCAGUCAGGGGAGGAUAUCUAACUCUGUCCCUGAACUUGCUGAUAUUAUUACUCCAAGUGCCAUGCUGAUGAAAGGGCUGGGGGACUCGUCUCAAUAUGGUAGCUUCAGUUCUCCAUUAAUACAUCAUGGUCAGAAACGGCUUCGGGAAUCAUCUACUUCUCCUCUAUACAGUGGUAGUGGGAGAAAUGACUUCUCGUUUUCUGAGUCCUUUGGCUUGUCUUUCCCAUUUGAUUCUGAUCCAAACGACAUCAACAAGAAUCAACAACAGCAACCACUUAAUGAUGCUCAGGGUGGCCAUACCCUUUCAUAUGGCAACAAUUUCUCUGCUUCUAAGCCUUCUACUGGGGCUGUGAAGUUGGAGCUCCCUUCACUCCAAUAUAUCGAUUCCGGUAGCUGGGGAAUAAUAUAUUCUCCACCGCCUCUCCUUGAAUCGGUUGAUACUUUUAUCCAAUCUCCACCUACUGCUGGCACUACCGUUGGGUCGAAUAGCACUUCUCCUCGCAAUAGUGGCCUACUGGAUGCUUUACUUCAUGAGGCCAAAGCUCUAAGUGGUGCUAAGAAUCAUUGUUCUUCCGAGAAGAGUUCGAAUUCCUCAACUGUUACCCCUGAUGAUAUUGCAGACAGUUCAACCCUGAAUGCUUGUGAUGCAGCAGAAUGGGACAACUAUAACGACCCUCUUUCUCCCUUGGGCCAUACUACUGCAACUUCGUUUCUCAGUAAAUGCACUCCAAUCAGUGCCAGUGGCAGUUCAUUAGAUGAACAAAAACCACAUAUAGAGACCGUCACUGGGUGUGAGAUCAAGUCAGAAGCUGCAGAUCGAGCCUUGACCCCAGAAAGAGAAAGGGAAAGGGACACUAUUACAAGCCCUGAUGCUUUACUCACUUCUGACUGGCUUGAACAAGGAUCUGGCAGUGGCUAUGGUGGCAAGGAUCAGGUCGUGAUGACCGGUGCAAUAGCAGCUCUCCUGGGUGAUGAUCUGAGCAGUGACUAUAAGCAGAUGGCUGCUGCAGGAACAUCAUCCGCCCCAAGUCAAGGAUGGGUACUUGGCUCUUGUCCGUGGAACAACAUGCCUGCUGUGUGUCAAAUGUCAGAACUUCCUUGAUGAAAGAAAAAUGACUUGUCCCAGCAUCUGAACCCUUCUAUUCCACCUUCUGCUGCUUCAUAAAUCUAUCAUGUGUUUCUUUUGGCUUUACUAGUUCUGGGUCAGAGCAAGUCAGGACCAAUUGGCUGGUGUUUGUUAUAUGAUCAUUGUGGUCUGUAGUUUGUCUGUGUUUAAAUGAUCAUGUGGCGUAGAAUUUGUUCUUUCCUUUCUGGAACUUCUAUUUGUUGGGAAUGGGACUAUCAUACGU